AGAGUGGAACCUUUCCGGCUGGAGACUAGUAAGGUACUGUUUUGGCUUAUUAAUCAAAGACCGCCAUUGGGGCGAACCAUCUAUGAAGGUGUUAUUUUCAAUACCCUUUGUACCGUACAGUAUUGUUCACAUAGCUACAUACGGUAGAGCCUAGACACCUGUUGUACAGCCCGGCCAUUCAGUGAACACGUCCGGAUGCCUACUACGUCCUCCAUUGAAAAGACAAUUGUCUCCACUAAACUUAGACAAUGGAACAAGAAGGUCAUUUGGAUAUACAACAGGGCUUACCGUCGCAAACUGCGAACGAUCUCUUUGACUACGAUGUCGGUUUGGAUGAGAUACUGCAGCACACCCCAACCGAGUCAAACAUAAAUGCACCCAGGCCGUCCACUAUACCCGGCGAUACCGGGUUAGGUCUUGGACUUGAUGAAGAAGUCAAGGUUACUAGAAAACGACAGCCCGUUGCUAAAUUAGAUGAAGCACGGUUGCUGUCCCAAGCUGGUAUACCUAGGCUACGCCGCACAGCCAAACAGAAGUUGAAAUUCAAAGGAAAGGGACAUGAGUUUUCUGAUGCGGCACGCUUAUUACAGUUCUAUCAGUUGUGGCUUGAUGAUCUCUUCCCUCGUGCAAAGUUCGCUGAUGGACUAACUAUUAUCGAAAAACUCGGCCAUCAUAAACGUCUACAGGCUAUGCGCAGAGAGUGGAUAGAAGAGGAGAAACCAAAGGCCCACAUAGAUGAUACAACACAAGAUCUACAAGCAGAUCGAUCGAACUUGCCGAUUGCGAUAACCACUAGAAGUCAUCAUGCUAUGGAUGCUUAUAUAUCUUCAUCUCAUAGCGUUGGCCAUAGCAAAGUUGAUAAGGAACCAUCGGCCGAAAAAUCAGAUGUCCCUGCUCACGGAUUAUUCAUGCUUGAUGAUGACAAUACUCACCGCGCGAUCGCACGAGACGUUCCUGAGGAUGAUGACGAAUUGGAAACCCUUUUGAGAGAGCAGCAGUAUGAUGAUGCUACAACUAAGAAUUCCUUGGCCCUGGCUGAUUUGGACGCCGACGGUGAUGGAUUCGAAGCCAUGGAAGAAUUAAAUAUCUUAACUCCGACAUGAGCUAUGCCGUUCUGCAAUCGUUGUCAAGCAAUAAACCGCACAAGAACCUAGCAAUAUUGAAUCUCUAUCUAGGAAUAGCGCUGCGUGUCAUGGAGGCUGGUAAAUUUAAUGCGCACAUAGGAUAGGCCACAAUUCUUAACAUGCUACAAGUACCUAAUAAAAGAAUAUAAAGAACUUGACAUUUGACAGUAGUAGACAGCUUAUUAGACACAACUUGAAAAAGAGGGCACCAAAGAGUUUGGCUGGGAGGGGGAGGGAGGACGGGAUAAACGAAGAUAUAGAGGAAAAGUUGGUUGCGCAAGACGCCAAAGCUCCCAAAUAUCUCUAUAUACUACGUAUGACGCAAUAUGUAGAUGUUUAGUUCCUGUCUGGUGCUAGCGGCACAAUUGACU